CAACUGUCAAACCGCGUGUCCUAUUCAACAUUGUGCCAAACCGCAGUGCGAUUGUCGCGGCAGAAAAACUGCGACCUUGCAAUUCUGCGAAAGAAAACGGUGUUACAAUUUCACCCACUGGUGAUCCUAUGUGAUACAAUAUCUUGCUAUUGCUAACCUUUCGAACUUCAGUUCAGCAGAGGCAAGUUUUCCACGGGGAUAGGUCGCAAGGAAGCAGAAACACACAAUGUGGGACGACAACGCGUGUUGGGAUGACGAGACUUCCCCGUCAAACUAUGUGCCACAACCGGGCAUGCCGGAAUCGACGGUGGCACCAUCGUAUAAUUCGCACCGGACAGAAAAACAUACUGAUCGGCGCGAAACACGGUCACGAGGCGAACCGUCAUCCGGCAGGGGUGAUCGUGUUCGGCUUAAGGUACAGAGUCACAUCAUACCAAAAAUUAUUGGAAAACGAGGUGCUACUGUUCAGGAGUUACGUACCCGAACGAAUGCCCGCAUCGAUAUCGAUAACGAUCGGUCCGACAGUAGUAGUAUGGGUGCGAUAACAAUAUCCGGCGAUCCAGAGAGUGUUAAAGCGGCAGAGAAAGCCAUAAAUGAUAUCAUUAAUAGUGGCAGCACGGACAGCUCGCGCAAUUUCAAUCGGCCUCCUAGAUCAGGUUUCAGCAGCGGUUAUUCGAAUGAUCGGCAAAGCAGCGACGAGCGUAGCAACCGUUACGACCAUGUUGGUGCAGGAAGCGGCUGGUCCAAGACUAGCGAAAGUAGCUCUUAUAGGGGAAGUGGUGGUGGCGGUGGAGGUGGAAGCCGAGGUCGUGACAAUGACUUUUACAAUUCCGGCCAGCGUUCCACUAACAAACUUGGUACCAGCCACCAUUCAUUCAAUUCCGAUGCGUACGCCCCCAGCGAUGAAAUCAUCGACUGGGCAUCUGUAAACAAAGCAGCCGACGACGCUGCUAAGGAACGAUGGGCCAAGUGUCCGCCGCUUGUGAAGGCUUUCUACAAUGAGCAGAUAGAGGUGGCACAAAUGAGCCCCGCCGAAGUGGCCGCAUUUCGAGAGGCUAACAACAAUAUCGUCGUUGAACGCACCUUUAAGGAUAAGGCUGGCGAGCAUCGACCGAUCCCGAAUCCGGUGUGCGAGUUUCAUCAAGCGUUUGGCGAUUUUCCCGAAUUAAUGGAAGAACUGCGUAAACAGAAUUUCACUAAACCGUCGCCGAUUCAGGCGCAAGCUUGGCCGAUACUGUUGCAAGGUGAAGAUUUGAUCGGCAUCGCGCAGACUGGUACGGGCAAAACGCUGGCCUUUUUGCUGCCCGCGUUCAUCCACAUCGAGGGACAACCAGUUCCGCGCGGUAGUCGUGGCGGUCCGAAUGUGCUGGUGUUGGCACCGACCCGCGAGCUUGCGUUACAGAUCGAGAAGGAGGUUGCCAAGUAUCAGUUCCGCGGCAUAAAGGCUGUCUGUCUGUAUGGUGGCGGUGAUCGCCGGGCACAAAUCAACGUUGUCCGGGGUGGUGUGGAGAUCUUGAUUGCCACGCCGGGCCGUUUGAACGAUCUCGUGCAGGAGGGUGUGGUGGACGUAUCGAGCAUCACGUACCUCGUGCUGGACGAAGCCGACCGCAUGCUGGACAUGGGUUUCGAGCCGCAGAUUCGUAAAGUAUUGCUGGAUGUGCGCCCCGAUCGACAAACGGUUAUGACUAGUGCUACGUGGCCGGAUGGUGUGCGCCGUCUCGCACAAAGCUACAUGAAUGAUCCGAUUCAGGUGUACAUUGGUACGCUUGAUCUGUCGGCCACACACACCGUCACGCAGCUGGUCGAGGUGAUCGACGAAGAGGACAAGUUCCAUCGCAUUAACGAGUUCGUUCGGGACAUGCGGCCGACUGACAAAGCGAUCAUAUUCUGUGGCAAAAAGACGCGUGCCGACGAUCUGUCGUCCGAGUUCAUGUUGUCCGGAAUCCCAUGCCAAUCGAUUCACGGCAAUCGCGAGCAGGCUGAUCGUGAACAAGCGCUGGAAGACAUUAAGAGCGGUGCGGUCAGUAUACUCAUUGCCACAGACGUUGCCUCCCGGGGGCUUGAUAUAGAGGACAUAACGCACGUGGUGAACUAUGACUUUCCCCGUAACAUCGAAGAGUACGUACAUCGGGUGGGACGUACGGGACGGGCAGGGCGGAGUGGCAUUUCGCUCAGCCUUAUGACACGCUCAGAUUGGGCGGUGGCGGCCGAAUUGAUCAAGAUCAUGGAGGAAGCGAACCAGGAAGUGCCAGACGAGGUGCGUAACAUGGCGACACGGUUCGCGGCCCGCCAGGAUCGUGGUGGUGGUCGUGGCGGAAGGGAAAGGUACGGGGGAAAUCGUCGGUGGUAGGAGGAGCGCGUGGCGCACGGCUCUGUAAAUCUGUUUCCCACCGGUAAGACUCCUCUCUUAUUUCUCAUUAUUCUUAUUUCCUUCUUUAUUCCGCUCACGAGAAGCUUGUCUCGUGUUUCAUGUUCCCAUUAAUCUCUUUCCCAAAACUAAAAACAAAGAUUCUUAGUUUACGUAGCAAGCACCAAGUGCGUUCGCAUCAAGACUGGUACAUACUGGCAGACUGGCCAAAGCAUUGUUAACGUUACCAUCAGCUUCAUGUUGUCCAGGCAGCCAGGAAGUGAUUUCCGCAUACGUAUAAGGAUGUUGCUGAUUGUUGAGGCUAACGCUAGAUGAAUUAACUAGGGCUAGGAGUGUGUCGGCACACGCUUGAGGCAACAGGGGUGUCUCCGUAGGGAACUAACUUGAAUUACAUACAUCUAAGUGCCUUCGGCGUCAGGGUGGACAUGAAGGAAAAUAGAAGGAAUUUCUAGAUAAAUAGUGCCUCAAAGCACUGCAUCCGUUAUUUGUCCGUUGUGGCAAUUCGUUUUGGAAAUUUAUCGUUUUGUUGAACUUCCACAACGAAAAUGAAUGAAAUAAAAUAGCAAUUUUGAAUUACGAUCCAUCCCGCCUAUCGUGGGAGAAGCAGAAA